AUGCAUUGUGAGGGUGAUAAUUCGGUAGUUCGUAUUGACAAUCAAUCUAAAUGGCAAAUAAUUUUAUCUUCGAAAAAUUGCAUGAUCAAAAAACAUUUCGAAGGUUGGCAGAUAUGUCCAAAAGAUGUAAACCCCGAUGAAAAAAAUUUGCAAUUGAUUUUAACUGAUUUUCCAAAAUUGAAGAUCAAUUCACAACGUGAGGUAGAGAUUCAAACACAGAUAAUCAAAACCGCGGAUGCCGAGAUCUGUUGCAAUCGUGAAGAUCUCAAAGAAUUGUUAGGAGAUCAAGAGAGCGAUCAGGAAAAAGGAAACAUAAUAUUGACGGAUUAUUUAAAAUUGAUAACAAACAACGAAGCCAGAAUAAAUCUUCUACUGAAAAUUUUAAUGAAAGCCGUGGACGAGCAUAAAUGCUACGUGAUUUGCGGCACGUUUCCAGUUCUAAAGAAACCCUUGACGGAUAGAGGUUGGAUUGAUAAAAAAGCCAUCAGGAAAAUGAUAUCAAUCUCUCCUAAUACAUAUGAAGAUGGUUUACAGCAGUUAGAAAAAUUACUCCGGAUUCCUGCGGAUUUUAUAUGGCAUACGAAUAAGAGACCUUCUAUAAGAACGGACGACAAGGCUAUUGUGAAUAAAUUUGCUGGUAGCUAUUUUACAUCCAAGUCAGCGCAAAUGGAGGAAUUUGUACAAGAUUAUUAUAUCACUGCAUGUUUCGGGAUUUUAAAAUGGUUUAUGUUACUCACCAACUUGGUAGGACCGAAGAAUACCUGGUCUCCAAAUGGAACAAUCCCUAUAAAUGCGAUUUCGUUCGCCUUAGAACGCUGUGAAGAAUAUAUAAGCAUUCAAAUACACGAGGACAUAGAUAGAGAUUGUAGGUAUACGCCUCCUUCUGCUUGGGAUCAAUUUUUAGAUUGGCAUCAUGAUAUAUUAUACAAGCGCGGUAUAUUGAAGGAAACCGACGAAGUUGACAUAAAUGAGCUUGUAGCAUCUGUGCAUGAGAUAGUGAAAACAAUGAUAAAAUAUCGACCGCAAAGUACCAUCGACGGUAUAAGAAAUAUAUGGAUUUUAAAACCAGGUGACGACAGUUUAGGUCGCGGAAUUGUUCUAAAAAAUUCUUUGGUUGAUAUCAUUGCCAAGGUAAACCAAGCAGCGAAAGAAAAUAUCGAGUAUGUCGUGCAGAAAUACAUAGGCACGUAUCAUUUGCAUUUAAUGUUAAAUAUUAUGUAA